UAUGACAUGAACAAAUAAACUUAAAAAUUUAACUGAUUAAUUGACUUUUCCAUAAUUUGCUGAUACUAGAAAUCCAAACGCAUGGAUACAGAAGUGGCUGCCAACAGGACGCAAGUUGGAGCUGACAUACAUCCCUGCUAUGUUAUAGAGAACUUGAAUUAUGUGUUGACAAAAACGCCUUCUGUUAUAUGUGUAUUAUUAUAUAUCUUCCUUGUUUUACUGGCAGUAAUUACAAUAUUUGGAAACCUCCUUGUGAUAAUCUCCAUCAUUUACUUCAGACAGCUGCACACGACUACAAACUCCCUCAUCCUCUCUCUGGCUGUGGCCGACCUGCUUGUCGGGAUUGUUGUCUUUCCUUUCAGCAUGGCCUUCUCCCUCAGCUCGUGUCUGUACCAUGAAGACUUAUUUUGCAAAGUGCGGGGCAGUUGUGAUAUAACCCUGAGCACAUGCUCCAUUCUGAACUUGUGCUGCAUUUCUAUUGACAGAUUCUACGCAGUGUGUCGGCCUCUGACCUACAGAACUAAAAUAAACCAUCGCAGUGUUGCGAUCAUGAUCCUGCUGAGCUGGGGUGUUUCUGUGCUGAUUGGGAUUGGUGUGAUGACUGCUGGGUUAAACAGUGAAGAAUGUGAGGACGGAUGUUUAAUCGAUCUCGUUACAACAAACACUAUUGGGGGUAUUUUGUCAUUUUACCUCCCAGUGAUUGUAAUGCUCUGCAUCUACCUAAAGAUUUUCACAGUUGCACAGAGACAGGCUCGCAGCAUCCACAACACAAUCAGCCAGAGCACAAAGUCUGGAGCAACAGUCAGUAAGAUGGAGAGAAAGGCCACCAAGACUCUGGCUAUAGUCUUGGGAGUUUUUCUUCUGUGCUGGUUGCCUUUCUUUCUUUGGAUCACAGUUCAGCCUGUUGCAAACAAUGUAGUCCCUGUCCCUGUGAUUGAGACACUUAACUGGCUUGCGCUUUCAAAUUCAAUGCUGAAUCCAUUCAUCUAUGCUUUCUUUUACAGCUGGUUCAGAUCAGCUAUCAGAAUGAUCAUCUCUGGGAAAAUAUUUCAAGGGGAUUUUGCCAACUCUAAAUUGCUUUGACCUGUUUUAACCACAAUGACACUUGCUCCCUGGCUUAAUAGAGGGUAUUAUAUCAUGUUUUGUAACACAAUGUGAUGGAGAAACGUAACCCCAUCAAUAUAACCCUGACACAAUGAAUAUGACUGAAUUUGCAAAAACAUACAAUGUGGGGAUUAGGUAAACUGGACACUCUAAAUUGACC